AUGAGUGUGACCAACUCUUCUGCCUAUCGAUCGGAGCGUAAGUUCCACCAGACUUCAUCUUCAUCCACUGGUAACCCAUACAUGGAGAAGAGCCGGGGACUGUUUGCGGAGGACUUUGGCUCCUUCAUGAGGCCUGGCAGCGACGCCUUGGGGUUUUCCGGUGGAGCUGGAAACAUUAAAACUCUCGGGGAUUCGUACCAGUUCACAGUUGACGUGCGAGACUUCUCCCCUGAAGACGUCAUUGUCACCACGUCCAACAACCAGAUAGAAGUUCAUGCAGAAAAGUUGGCCCAGGACGGUUCAGUGAUGAACACAUUCACCCACAAGUGCCAGCUGCCUGAGGAUGUAGACCCCACCUCGGUGACGUCAUCACUGGACGCCGAGGGAACCCUCACAGUGCGUGCGCGGCGACACCCGGCCAAGCACGAGCUCGUACAGACCUUCCGCACCGAGAUCAAGAUCUAG